CUAUUCCUCGUCUCGAUCGACCGCUCGUCCUGUUCUCGGCCUCGAUGCUCCUGUCUGUCGUGCUUCCUCGUCGUUGGCCACGAGCCUUCGCCCCCAACGUCCGCGCAUGCCGUGUCAUCGAGUCGUCCUCCCCUCCCAUCGUCAUCGCCCCCUCCAUUUAUCGCCAGCCUUCCAUAUAUCAUAUCUUUCUAGCCAGCGUUCUCCUUUCGAUCGAGCGGUCGGAAACCAUCGUUUACCUGCAUCCCGAGUCCGCCCGCCCGACCCCAUGGCGGGAUAUCGAACCACAGCGCACCCGAUGCGAGCCAAUACGGAAAGUCCAACUGAGGUAUGAUUGCUGACUUGCAUCACUUUAGCUAUGGUCGCCUUGUGCGAUGUGAUAUUCCCGCUCCUCGUAGCGCCAGCAGUAGACUAUUCGCCUUCGUCGAGUAUGAAGAUCGUCGUGAUGCUGAUGAUGCCUACUACGAGAUGCAUAACAAGCGACUCGCUCGUGAUGAAAUCCUGAAGAUCGAGUGGGCUCGCACUCCUCCCUCUGCCUCCUGGCGCUUCGACUCGGGCCGUGACCGCGAUGGUGGCCGUGACAGUGGCCGUGACAGUGGCCGCGACAGUGGGCGGGAUUCUCGACGCGCUCCUCGGUCGCCUCGUCGCGGUCGUUCUCCAUCCCCCAGGCGCAGCACCAGAGACUACUCGCCUAGAAAGGAUGAUCGCCGUGAUCGCGACCGGGACUACGACAGAGAAUCUCGACGCGACACCCGAGACCGUUCUCGAAGCCCUGAUGCUCGCGACAGAGACGUCAAGGAGGAGCGUGACGACCGCGAUCGUCGCGAGAACGGUACCAAUGGUGAUGACCGAAAGCGUGAGUCCGAAUCCCCCACCCAACCCCGGCAAGCUUACUCACGCGCCGUAGCUGUCGAUUCUCCUCCGCCCCGUGAGCUUGACGACCUCGAUGCCGCCGAAUAGAUGUAGACUGGAUUGCAGGUAUUUUCGCAGGAAAGGGCGCCAAGUAACCGCGUUUCUUACCCUGUAACGGCGGG